CACACACACCGGCACCACACUGACGAGCAGAUAACCAGCCGGUACUGCCUGUAUUCCUGUGACAGAUCUGAGGGACAGAUGGAAGAAGAGCAGGAGAGAGGAACAGGGAAAAGGAUGAUGAGGAUUGAUACCAGGAGGAACAGGAUAAAAGCAAAGGAGGCAGCAUAAGGAAGAAAAAGGAAUCGUAGACCAAGCAGAUCCUGCUAGGGGAGAAGUUUGCAGUGAUGAUGCGAGGAGAGCAUGGCGAGUACCAGCGCCAGUACCACACACUGGGAAACACGGCCAGACGAUACUCCAACCCAGAUGUUGAGGUGCUGACCAAGCACCAUGUGGGUGAUGCAGAAAGACAGCGGGGCAAAUACCCACCUCAGCAUGCUGCCACGCUCGUCAGUGCCAACUGUUCACGCCAGCAGCAACCACAUUACUGGAGUUUUAAGGCAAGGACUCCACGUGUCACCGGUGGUGGACAACAGUCUCUUGGCGAUCAGGGUGGCGGACGAGGGUUCUACGCUUCUGCAGAAAAUUUAGAGACCAUGGGUGACGCUGAUCUCGCUUUGGGCUUCAGCCGCUCCAACCGGCUCAGACAGAGCCUGCCGCUCGCCCGAUCUCCUAGUCAGAAUAAGCUCCGCCCACCAGGUGUCCUGUUUCUGCAGUUUGGAGACGAGACGAGGCGGAUUCACCUGAGUCAUGAGCUGAGCAGUAUGGAGACUCUACAUGCUCUUAUAGUUCACGUCUUUCCUCAGCAGCUCAGUAUGAGCGCCCUGCGCUCGCCCGCAACCGCCAUCCUCAUCAAAGACGAAGCACGCAACAUCUUCUAUGAACUGGAUGACCCGCGUCGCAUUCACGAUCGCUGCGUCCUCAAGAUCUACUGCCGAGACACGCCAUACAUCACACCCCACCAUGCCCACCAUGCCCAUGUGACCAACGGGGACCUCCGGAGGGAGCUAAUGUACGCCUCACGUGAAUCUUCACCUACCCGCCGCUUGAACACCCACCCUUCAUCCUCUCCUUCAGCCUCUCCGUCCCGGCCUCACUCCCGCCUCUCUUAUACGUCUGUCCGCCCGUCCUCAUAUGCUGGGCCACCCCCUUCUGUUCAGCCACACCCCUACCAUCACCAGAACCCUGCCCAUCCAGCUUUUUGCCCAUCCCCCAGUGCCAUCCUGGAGCGGCGUGAUGUUAGACCAGAUGAAGAAUCACCAGGGUCGCCUUCUAAAAGUGUGGUGCUCCUAAAGAAUGAGGCAGUGUAUGCUGACCCAUAUGCUCUCGUUCAUGGCAUGGCAUCACCCCAGGCCCUGGCUUUGCGUCGUGGCUCGCUGCGCUCCCUGGGCCCGUACUCAGCGGCUGCUCUACAGUGUGAACUCGAUGCCGCCCUCUACAGGUCUGGAGGGCCUUUAUACAAUGAGUCUUUUGCUCCAGUGGCGAUCCGAACUCUGCCACCCGCCUCACCUCAGAAACUGGAGCCAUACAGGAGUCAGUCCGGUCGCGGCUCACCUGGGAGGCAGGGCUUCCGAAAAGAUGGAACGGUGUACAUUGAGGGCCAAAAGACGCGGGUCACGGGCCAAAUGCUGGACCAGAUGUGUGUGAUGGGGGGUAUUGGAAGUGAGGGGACGGCACUAGGAGGAUAUGAAACAGAUACCAGGGAGAGAAUGGAGGCAAUGGAGAAGCAGAUAGCGAGUCUGACAGGUCUGGUUCAGAGUGUCCUCACCAGAGCCCCGGACAGUCCUGACAAAGCAGAAACAGCGAGUGACUGCUCAGCCCCUGAGACUCGCAGGGGUAAAAAAGGAAAAGCCACGACCCCCUCUGCUCCCCUGGCUUUGAUGCCCCCACCACCCACAGGAACAUCUCAGCCCAUCGCAAUGUCUCGCUCCCAAAUGCAGCUGCAUCUGAGCGACCUGCAUCGGAGCACGGCGGAACUUCGCAAGCAGUUAACACAGCUGCGCAAACUUCAGAUGCAGAAUCAGGACUCUGUGCACACUUUACUGAGGCAGGCGGAGACUGAUUUGGGUCUCUGCCUGAUCGAAGCAUCUCGGACGCAGGAGGAUCCACUACAGCGCCAGCGUCUCUUGGUGGAGGAGGAGCGACUGCGCUACCUUAAUGAAGAAGAGCUGAUCAUACAGAAACUGCAUGAUCUGGAACGUUCUGUGGAGGAAAUGAAGACUGGAGCGGGGCUUAAUCAUCACUUGGUAACUGAACAGGAAGUGGAACAGAAAAGUCAAGAGCUUAGGAAGCUUGGAGAGACACUGACCAAACUGAAGAAUCAGUUCCCAACGUUGCAGAGUAAGAUGCGAGUGGUGUUGAGGGUAGAGGUUGAGGCUGUGAAGUUUCUAAAGGAGGAACCACUGAGGCUUGAUGCACUGCUAAAACGCUGCAGAAACAUCACAGAUACACUCACACUACUUAGGAGGCAGGUAUCAGAAGGCCUGUGGAAAACUCCGGAAGAUUAUAGCAGCUCCAGUGAUUCUGACUUUGCAAAGAGUUGUGAUAUGGACAUCCUGACCAGCCCCUCUCUGUCCAGUAUCCCUGACUUAACAGCAGCUUUAACAGGCACUGCCAGUCUCUCGAGCUCUUUACACUCCAGUGUAAACCUGGGCACUAAUCCCAGCCUCACCAGCUCUGCCCGUAUAGGGUCCAGUGCAAGUCUGUCAAGUGCCCUCGGUACUAGUCUAGGUUCGAGUUUGGGUGGUGCUGCUGGUUUAUCAGGCACUACCACUCUUGGAAACUGGCUGGUGGGUGCUGGGGCACUUAACAGCAGCAUGCCGGAGCAGGAUGGCACAUCAGCAGGCAUAGCAAAGAGCCGUGUUUUGGAGGAUCUACCCACACGAAGAGAAACCGACAAAGGAGUGUCUGUGGAAGUCCGCCUGGCAGCAGAGCGUGAUUGGGAAGAAAAGCGGGCAAGUUUAACCCAGUUUAGUGCACAGGAUAUUAAUCGUCUCUUGGAAGAGACGCAGGCCGAACUGAUGAAGGCUAUUCCAGAUCUGGAUUUUGCUGCCAAACAGAUAACCAAGCCUGCUGUGCCCCCCAAACCGCAGCUUUCCUCUCUGCCCAAACCUGCCUCACCAUCCUCUACACCAAGCUGUACACCUGAACACCAGCCAGGAAAACCACCACCCAAACCCGCUGCCAAGGAGGGCAUUCAGCGAAGAGAAUCAGGCGAGUUAACAGUGCCGCGGUAUCGAACUGAGAAGCUUUCUAAGUCUCCACCCCCUCCACCGCCACGCCGCAGUUUCCCAUCAGGACACAGGCUCACCACCAACAGCAGUGGAGAAGUUGUCAUCAUUAACAAGAAACCAGAGAAGACUGAAAAUGAUGAAGAGUCUGACACACAAGCUCAGUCUCAGACACCACUAGCAAAACUUAGACGACCUUCGACCUCAGAUGGACCCCGGCCUUCCUCCACGCCUCCAGUCAUCGCUGCAUCCGGGAUAAAGGAUGAUGAAGAUGAGGAGAAAAAGAUCAUGGCUGAGCUCGAGAUCUUCCAACCUGCACUGGUAAAAGCCAUCACUCCCCAGUCCCACAUCACUGUCCCAUCCACCAGUCCCAACAACACCAGCACUACCAGUUUGGUUCAGUGGACGUGCAGCUCUUUAUACCAGGAGAAUGCAGGAACUCCUACAGGUUCAACUAAGAUAGCAUCGUCAUCGCCUCACCUUAAGCAGCUGCAGCAGAGCAGUCUGGAACGUAGGAACAGAAAGCAGCGCGAGCAGCCGGGUCAGCAGCAGAGCUAAGAUCUUAUAGGCAUGCAUAAAAAAUAAUGACGUUUUAUAUCCAACAUCCAGAUUAAUGCUGCUCUUCUAUUUAUUUCAUACCUCAAACUUUAUAAGGCUUUAUGAGGUGAAAGCUACUUCUGCCUCCCCUUUUCCUGACUGGCAUGUUGCCAUUAGUUUUAGCUGGACGCUGUCCUUCGCUCUCCCCUUCCCUGAGAUCUGAUCCUACCUUAGGUGAUUAUACCAUGAUGGCAAACAGAAUCCAUUUGGACAAUGGACACAGCACAUGUGAAGCUGGCAUUUGACCUAGUGCAUUAGGGUAAGUUACUUUCAUUAAGGUCAGGGUUUGAAAUCAUGACUCGUAGAUGUGACAGUGAAUUAUUGUAUGUACAAUAAAGCAACACUAUCGAAGCUACAGCAUAUUGAACUAGU